AAGACGGUGACGGUCUCUUGAUUGCCACGGAAAAUAUCAGUUUGAGAUAUUGAAUGGCGUCCAGUCUUCGUUCUUCGGCCGCCGUAAACCUCUGCUACCACCGCUGUAACUCAUCGAUGCUCGCCGCUACCAAUCCUCAACUUCCUUCCAUCCAAUUCAUGUCUUCCGGCAAUUGUUCUAAGAGUAGCGUCAUCUCCGCCUCACGCCGUUCAUCUCUACUUCCGCCGCGGAAUUCCUAUUUUUGGCUUGGCCGAUGCGGUGCUACGAGUCCUCAUCCACCUUCUCCUCCUGAAUCUGGACCACCGCCUGGAGAAGAAGAGGAUUCUGAUUCAGGUUCAGUGGCAUCUCUCUCUAGAUUUCAAGAAAGUGUUCAGAUUUUUUUUGCUGUUCUUUUCUGGAUGUCUCUUUUCUUCUGGUCAUCUGUAUGGGACGGACGGAAAAAGGGCAGAUCCGAUAAGGGACCUAGAUUCUGGAAAUGAAUCUGUGAACAUUUAGCUUGUAUAUAUUAUGGUAAAACUAGGUGGAUCAUCACUGGGUAAAAAAACAGCAGCUACUCUAGAAGUAAGCCACAACCAUAUAUAUAACUAUCAAAACAUCUCUAUAUUCCUUGCAAUGCACAAGUUCUGCAGAUCUCUUUCAUUUAGUUUGCAGGGAUUUGAUGAUCUUCGUAAGAUCCCACAUUGGUUGGGGAGGGAACAUAGGUUGCCUUAUAAGGGACUUGAUACCUUCUUUAUCAAAUGCAUUUUAAAACCGUGAGCCUAGGUCUGGAUGGAACGGACACUAUCUGGCACUGUUAGUCUGGGAUGUUACCAUCUUGUUGCAUAUGGCUAAUCUUGCUCUUGUAGAACUUGGUAGAUGGUAUUUUGAAGUUUC